AGCCCUCCAUAGAUUAAUCAAAACUGUCGUGCUUUUAUCUUCCUUCUAAUCUUCUCCAAUAUGGCAUUAACAAGGAACAAGCCUCUUGUUGUAGUGCUGCUUCUUGGGUUUGUCAUCAUGUCUACCCUCACAAUAGGAGCACAAUCCAUAGGAGUUUGUUAUGGAACGAAUGGCAACAACUUGCCUAGCGCAUCACAAGUUAUAAAUCUCUACAAAAGCAAUGGCAUUGGAAGCAUGCGAAUCUAUGAUCCAAAUUCAGAUACUCUCCAAGCGCUUAAAGGAUCCGGCAUAGAACUCAUCCUCGACGUCCCCAACACCAGCCUUCAAUCCCUUGCCUCCGACGCUUCAGCUGCAUCUACCUGGGUGCAAAACAACGUAGUAAACUACGCAUCAGAUGUGAAUUUCCGCUACAUCGCUGUUGGGAAUGAAGUUUUACCCACCGGCUCAAAUCUAACUAUUUAA